UUUCUGAAAUAUAGACUAAGUACACUUGGUUUUGUAAUACCGCUACAUUUAUUACUACUACAACUAGGCUAAUAAUAGUAAUAAAAUUAAAGUAUUUGAAUAAAUGGGCACACACUCUCAUCUAAUUUCUAGGGCCCACACAGCCACUAAAAACAUUAAAAGUUCCUGUUAGCAAACAGUAGCAAAAAUGCAACAGCGUGAAAGACAUGAGAUAAGGAGUAUAACGACAAAAACUCAAAAAGGAAGCAACAUCAGUUUCACAUGUGAGAUUGGGCUCAACCCACAGCUGCAUACAUCAGAUCAACCUACCACACAUGCUCACUAGGAACACGCAACGCACGCUGCUUACAUCUCAUCUCACAGCCCAGACCACAAUGGACGAACUCGACAUGCUUUUAGAGGAGUUGGCUCAGAACUCCACCCAGACUUCAAAUGUUCCUGCACCCAUUCCACCCAAAACUCUCCAACUGGGAGCCUCGGUUAAAAGUAAAAACACAACUCAACUUGAAAAAACUGAAUCCUCUGGAUUUGUUGCUGGUCCAGGAAAGACAUGUAAUCCCUACAGUGUGCUUCCAGUCCCUGUGGAGGCCGGAGUGAUGAGUCCCGGCACAGCUACGCGAGAGCUCGACUCCAUCAUGAAUGAGCUGCUAGGGCUAGGCCUGGAGGUUUCAGAGCCAGUUCCCACAUCAAACCCACCUCCAUUGGCUCACAAAUCAAUGAAAGGCAAAAAAGCAGAGGAAGCUGAAGAAAGUGAUAGUGGAAAGCAAAAAGAGGCUAAGAAACCACUGCAUCCUCCUCUGUCAGAGAAAGUAUCCAAGAAUGUGGAUGCUAUAGACGACUUGCUGGGCUCUCUCAGCUCAGACAUGGAGAAAAUGGGGGUCCAGACAGCUGCCAAAGGCCACUGUGCUUCUUGUGGCAAGUGUAUAGCUGGGAAGAUGAUCACAGCUCUGGGUCAGGUGUGGCAUCCAGAACACUUUGUGUGCACAGCAUGCAGCGAGGAACUGGGCACAAGUGGUUUCUUUGAGAGAGAUGGCAAGCCGUACUGUGAGAAAGACUACCAGAACCUCUUCUCCCCUCGCUGCGCUUACUGCAAGGGUUCUAUUACUCAGAACAUUCUAACAGCGAUGGAUCAAACAUGGCACCCAGAACAUUUUUUCUGCAGCCACUGUGGAGAUCUAUUUGGACCUGAUGGGUUUAUGGAGAGAGAUGGUAAACCAUAUUGCUCUAGGGAUUUCUACCGCCUCUUUGCACCCAAGUGCUCCGGCUGUGGAGAGCCAGUGAAGGAGAACUAUCUGUCUGCAGCCAAUGGAACCUGGCACCCCGACUGCUUUGUCUGUGCGGACUGCCUGAAGCCUUUUACAGACGGUUGCUUCCUGGAGAUGAACGGUCGGCCCCUCUGUUCCCUGCACUAUCACUCCAGACAGGGCACUCUGUGUGGGACCUGCGGAGAGCCCAUCUCGGGUCGCUGCAUCGCUGCUCUGGACCGCAAGUUUCACCCUGAACACUUUGUGUGUGCGUUCUGCCUUCGGCAACUGAGUCAGGGAGUGUUUAAGGAGCAGGCAGGCAAGCCGUACUGUGCGGUUUGUCAUACGAAACUCUUUGUGUGAAAAACGUGAUGUUUCUCAAGCAAAAUCAAGGUUUUAAAGCAGUGGUUCUCAACCUUUUUAAAGGCCCCACACCUUAAUCUAAAAUAUACACGUAAAUAUAAAAUAAACAAGUUAAUAUACUAAUAUAUUAGAAAAUAUAUUAAAUGAAUUAACCAGGAUUCAUUUUGUGAUUCCAGGAGUGUUAAAACCUGUAUUUUCUUCAAUAAAAACAAUAUUUAGUGAGGGAAAAUAAACAAAUAAAAAUGUGACUUCAGUUUUUUUUUCAGCAUUUCAAUUAAGAUUAUUUUAACAUAUUAGUAUUUUUUUUUUAUUUUUUUAUUUAAAUACUUGAAAGUCACCCUGUUGCCCCCUGAGGUCCCCUAGUGGGCCCCGACUCCCUGAUUAAGAACCACUGUUUUAGAAAGAAAUAGCAUGGAAGGAGUGAUACAUACACCAUUUUUUCUAUUUUGUUUCAUGGAAAAAUUAAAACCUUUUUAGAGAAUGCAAGUCAAAUGCAAGACAGUGUAAACUGUACUCAGAAAACAUCUUAAAAAUGUAUUGUUUACUAUAUUUUUUUACAAAGUAAACUAUGGCAAUAUGUUAAAUGUCAUUAUUUAAUUAUAUCAUCAGUGAAGCUGUUGUAAUACAUGUUGAACAAAACAAAAAUGUUUGUUAAAGAUCUGAAAUGUUCAUAAAAUUAAAACAUUUAAUUGAU